AUGAUCGUGGGCCAAGCUCCCGAUGGGAGCCUCCCUGCGGCCACUGAUACUCCCAAAGAUGAGUCCUUUCACUUGGAUGAUAACGGCAAGAAGCCACUCCCCAUUGAUUCGACCAGAGGCGUCUUUUCCAACAGGGUGGAACCCGUCAAUGUUCAAGUUCGCUAUCUUGGCGUUGAACUCACAACACGGACCGUUUGGUCUAAGCUACCGAGAAGUAUCACGUCGAGACCUGACCGCCAGCCUCCGAAGGAGAUUAUUCGAGAUAUCGCAGCCGACUUUCAGCCGGGAUCACUGACAGCAAUCAUUGGGGCCAGUGGAUCUGGCAAGACGACUCUCCUGGAUGCGUUAUCCGACAGACUCGCAAGUCAAGCACGAAUAAGCCAGGGAAUGACCACCUUCAACGGCCACCCCAAGAUUCACGAUGUCAAGCACGCAUAUGUCACGCAGCAAGACGUUCUCCUCCCUACUCUCACCGUUCGGGAAACCCUGAAAUACGCAGCCGACUUACGCCUCCCGUCCUCUGUGGUAGCACUAGAACGUCGUGAAUUAGUCGAAAAUGUCAUCAACGAGCUGGGCUUACAGAAGUGCGCCAGCACUCGGAUUGGGAACAGUCAGAAGCGAGGAUGCUCCGGUGGAGAGAGGCGCCGCGUUAGCAUUGGAGUUCAGCUUCUGGCAAAUCCGUCCCUUUUGUUCCUGGAUGAGCCUACCACUGGCCUUGAUGCUACCAAUGCUUUUCAGCUAGUUACGACGCUCCGGGACAUGGCUCACAGAGGACGGACGAUCAUCAUGACGAUUCACCAGCCUCGAUCUGAGAUAUGGUCUCUACUAGAUAAUCUUCUUGUCUUGGCUAUCGGAGGACUCGUCUUUUCUGGCCCCGUCUCUCAGGCUCUCCCCUGGUUCGAGACCAACGGUUUCCACAAGCCCCCGUUUACCAACCCUGCCGAUUUCAUCAUUGACAUAUCCUCGAUCGACUAUCGAAGCCCUCAGCUGGAAGAAGAAAGCACUACUCGCAUCAACACCUUGAAGUCAGCCUGGCUGGUCGAGAGCCAGCGUCGUUUCCCCCAACUAGUCAGCGCCGGAUGUCCUCUACUUGAGUCCCCCUCACAACGGAACACGAGCCAGCACAUAUCUCAGCUCCAGCAACUUCGGGUUUUAACCAAACGGAGCAUUAAGAUCACGUACCGAGAUCCUCUGGGUAUGGUGGCAUUCAUCAUCGAGGCUGUUAUCAUGGGCCUUGCGGUUGGGUACAUGUUCUAUGAUCUGGGGCGAGACCAAGUUGGCAUUCGGUCCCGUCAAGGGUGUUUGUAUGUUGCUGCAAGUCUACAAGGCUACCUCGUGCUUAUCUUUGAGACAUACCGCAUGACUCUUGAUAUGCCAAUAUUCGAUCGAGAGGCAUCGGAACGCUGCGUCAGUCCUGUUUCGUUUGUCUUUUCUCGCAGACUUGCCAGGCUAUUGGCAGAGGACUUGCCCGUUCCCGUCAUAUUCUCAGUUUUGAUUUACUUCAUGACCGGGCUUGAUCGUCAAGCUGACAAAUUUUUUACCUUCUUUGCCAUCUCUCUUCUAAACCACUACAUCGCCGCUGUUUGCGCGAUGGCAUGCGUGGUUAUCAGCAGAAACUUUGCGACGGCAAGUCUCAUUGCAAGUCUGAUAUAUACCCUGCAGAGCCUUGCCUCGGGCAUGAUUGUGCAGAUCCAAACCAUUCCCGUCUACGUUCGAUGGACUCGUUGGAUCACCUACAUGUUUUAUACCUUCAGCGCCUACGUUGGAAACGAGUUUCAAGGCAGCGUCUACGAAUGCCCAUUCCGAGACGGCCAGUCCGACCCUAGGUGCACCCGCUACAGCGGCGAUUUCGUCAUCAAGUCCCUCGGCUUUCCGCAAAACUGGACGGGGAUUGCCAUAGCUUGCAUGGCGGCCUUUGUCAUUUUCUUUGUGUCCUUUUCGAUCAUUGGUCUGAAAUAUCUGAAACCAACAUCGAUUGCGAAUGCUCGUACCCCCGAGCCACAAAGGGACGUUUCUCCGAGCUUGGAAAUGACGGCUCAACAACCGAUCGCCAAGGCUAGACGUCUGCCAAUCCAACUCGACGAGUUUUCCCUGACAUUGAGAACUAAAAGUCUGAAGACAUUCAGAGCUGGUCCAACGGAGAAGGUCAUUCUCAAGCCCAUCAACGCGGAAUUUGAACCGGGUGUGCUCAAUGUCAUUAUUGGGCCCUCUGGCAGUGGGAAGUCUUCUCUCCUCAACGCCAUAGGGCGAAGGCUUCACAACUCGGCAAGCAUCACGUAUCAUCAAUCUGGAGCAAUGAAAAUUGAUGGAGUAGAAGUGUCUGAUCUGGCCUUCAGAUCCAUCUGCUCUUAUCUUCGUCAGGAUGAUGAACUACUUCUACCUGCCAUGACGGUUCGGGAGACUCUUCGCUACGCAGCACUGCUUCGCUUACCGCGUAGCAUGAGUGCCCAAGACAAACACCAGCGCGCCGAGGAGAUCCUCCUCAAGUUGGGUCUGAAAGGCUGUGCAGAUACUCUCCUUGGAAACGAAUCGUUUCGAGGCAUAUCUGCAGGAGAGAAACGGCGAGUCUCUCUCGCUAUUCAGAUCCUAACCGAUCCCCAAGUCCUUCUGGUGGAUGAACCAACUUCGGGACUGGAUGCAUUCACAGCCAAUUCUAUCGUACAGCUCCUACAGGUUCUCGCAGAGGAAGGUCGUACCAUCAUCAUGGCGAUUCACCAGCCUCGCUCAGACUUGUACGGACUCUUUGGGAACCUAUUGCUACUAUCUCACGAAGGGUCACCUGCCUACUGCGGACCAGCAAAAGACAUGGUCAAUUACCUUCGCGAGUGUGGUCACGGCUGUCCGUCACAAACCAACCCUGCCGAUUUUGCCUUGGACAUUGUGACAGAUCUUUCUCAGCAUGGCUCGAGAGGGGACAGGGUUGAGAGUGGUGAACAAGUGCAAAGAUUGAUCGAGCUCUGGAAAAAGCGAUCUGUCCUUACACAGCGAGAGCUGGUAGAGAGUGACGGUGGGCAAAGCCGAGUCCAAGGGACAAGUCGGGAUGUUAUCGACUCAACCUCUGAGAAUCGCCAAUCCUUGGAAUCUCCAGUUGAACACUCCUUAUCCGUGCGUGAUAGAACGCCGCUCUAUACCUCACUUCCAGUCCUAGUCCGCCGAGCCAUAACCAACACUUGUCGACAGCCUCAACUGGUGCUUGCCCGUAUCAUGCAAUCCAGCGGCGUCGCCAUAAUCUUCACGCUUUUCUUCGCACAUCUUGGCCACGACUAUCUGUCUAUACAAACACGCCUGGGCCUCUUCCAGCAGUUGGGCGGAUUCUACAUCAUCGGCAUGCUCACCAAUGUGGCAAUCUAUCCCAGUGAGCGGGAUGUUGCGUACCGAGAGAGCAGUGAUGGCGCAUACAGCUUGGACUCGUUCUUGGCCUCCUACACGAUUGUCGAGCUACCUUUCGAGAUCAUCAACGCCCUGUUUUUCGGGAUCCUGGCUGUAUUCGCUAUUGGGCUCCCUCGCACAGCAGCUACUUACUUCGUUGCCUCCCUGGCUUGUUUCAGUGGGUUGUCUUGCGGCGAGAGUCUGGGAAUCAUGUUCAAUACGCUUUUCUCGCACACAGGGUUUGCCAUCAACUUGAUGGGUGUAAUCUUGGCUUUGGCCAAUAGCAUGGCUGGCAUAUUGUCGUUGGAUAUGCCGUCUUUGUUGGCAUAUCUGAACUACCUGUCCCCCAUUCGUUAUCAGGUGCGUGGUGUAGCAUACUACUCGCUGCGAGACUUGUCAUUCGACUGCAACUUUGACAAUGGCACUUGUCCAAUAACAACUGGCGAGCAAGCUCUAAGGCUGUACAAAUUCGAUGAGCAUCCACUGAAGAAGGACUACUGGCUGAAAUAG